AGAACGGCGUAAGCUUGUAUACAACUACCUCGAUUUCCAUUUCCCCCCCAACUCGUAAUGUAUUUAAUUCAAGCGAAACGUAAUCAUGACGUGUCUUGUCAUUAAUCUCCUCGCCGCCUCUCCCGUGGUGUCAGAGACCAUUUCGGACUUCCAUCCUCACUCAAUUAAGGAAGCAAAUGAUGGAAUCCACACACUACUAAAUAUGGAUUCUCCUCGAGAAUGUGUGAUUGGCCUCUCCUCUGAUGUACCUCUGUCCCCUCCCUCAAUGCCCUCACUAGAUGACAGUCCUCACACCUUACCCCAAAGCCCUCACUCUGCCCAAUCUAGCCCUCUAACUAACCCAUAUACACAACUGUCACCAUUUGCUGAUGUCAACCAGCAAGAUGAAGAGGAGGAUGAGGAGCUGUCAGGUCCACCAUCUCCCACUACAGCUGUUGCACUGUUUCCAGAGGAAGAGCAGUUGUGUACUCCCUCUUCAGGGAGUAGUCCUCCAGCUACUCCAUCUGCACCACCACCUGGGUUUGGAGCACUGGAGCAGGUUCUUUCAUCUGGGGACAAUGCCACCUGCAACGAUGAACUAGACCUGCAGCUUUUCAACAACGAAGGUGCGACUGUCCAAGGAGGUUCUAUCAGUGGCCCUGCCCUCAGGUUCCCUUGCCAUAUUUGUGGGAAAAGGUUCCGCUUUCAAAGCAUUCUCUCCCUGCAUGCGCGAGCUCAUAGUUUGGACAGGGAACGCCAGCCCACUGCCCUGUACAAAACUGCACAUUUUAAACCACAGAAAAAUCAUUUGAAUGAUACUGUUAUCCAAAAACACAGGAAGCUCAAUCUGAAUUCAAUAUACAAGUCAUUUCACCAGAAUCAGAGAGAAGAGACUGCACCAGAGGAUCCUUGUCAAACAGUCAGUAGUCCUCAGUUCGAAAUUGAUGAACCCACACCACUGACUCCACCUCUAACAGAAGAAGUACCAGUCUCUUCAACCUUUUCUCCAUUAGGGUCUGCCCUCCUGGAAGAUCCAACCCCUUCUGUGGCAGCACUUGCCUUCCGCUGCCAUGCAUGUAAGGGUAAAUUCCGCACAGCCUCUGAGUUAGCUCGUCAUGUGCGAAUCCUCCAUAACCCAUACAAAUGUACACUGUGCCCCUUCUCAGCCAAUGAAGAGGAACACCUUGCUGUUCACCUACAGGAAAGCCACCCGCCUGAAGAACCUGUGCCGCAUCCUGUCUUCCCUUCCCGCCCAAUCACAUUGCAACCACAAGCACCUUCAUCCCAAGCACCUGUUGUUCCAGCCUUCCGUUGUGAGACUUGUGGUCAGCGGUUUACUCAGUCCUGGUUCCUGAAGGGUCAUAUGCGCAAACACAAGGCCUCUCUUGACCACAAGUGCCAGGUGUGUGGCCGUGGUUUUAAGGAGCCCUGGUUCCUCAAGAACCAUAUGAAAGUGCACCUCAACAAACUGGGCCUGAAGGCUGGUCUUGGAGAUCUGGGACCUUCAGGUCCUGAACAUUCCAAAGGUCCUGCUGGGAACCAUGCUUUAGGGGCUCUUUAUUCUAAUGUGCUCCUGGCACACAGUGUGGCAGGUGGAAGUGGAAAGACAGGGAAUCGGCCAGAGAGGUCAGAAUUCAGUGAAGGAUCAAACAGAUCUUCACUAUGGGGUUACCUCAGGUUGCCAAAUGACAGCAGUGGUGCUAGUUGCAUGGAACGCCUUCAGGCAGUGGCGCAGGUCGCAGAGAUAGGUAAAGGUGGAGAUCGAGGAGGAGCAGAGGUGUUGGAAGGACGAGAGCAGGCAGCUAUUUGGGAACUGGUUGCACAUAGACUGGCAGCAGUGCAGCAGAGCCAGCAGCAGCAAAAAUCCCAGACACAACACCAAUACCCUUCCGCACAGGGCACAGUUAUUGGGGAAACUGAGCAGAUGCAUGCUUACUUGGGUAGCCUUGGUUUCAAAGAGGACCUGGAAGCCUCUAGGGCCCCUUGGGAGUGUCCUGACUGUGGGAAGCUUUUCCAGAAUCUUCAACAGGUAGUGGCUCAUGCUCGUGUUCAUUCUCAGAGACCCCGGAAAUAUCGAAGUGUACAUGGGAGUGUUAGAAAAGAAGAGGAUGGUGUACAAAAAACUGCAAGACUCCAAGCAGGAGAAGGACGAGGUCACAGAAAUGAAGGCAGACAAGAAUCUCAACAGCUCCAAUCAGGAGUUGGGGCACAUGGAAGUUUCCAUUCUUCUGUAGCACAUCUCUCUGGGGACAGUGGUCUGAGAGGAACAUCAUUUGGACCUUCAAGAGAGAGGGUGCGAGGUACAGGAAUGAAGGAUUGCCCCUACUGUGGUAAAUCUUUCCGUUCUUCCCAUCACCUUAAAGUACACUUACGUGUGCACACAGGUGAGAGACCAUACAAAUGUCCCCACUGUGACUAUGCUGGCACUCAAUCUGGCUCUCUUAAAUAUCAUCUACAACGGCAUCAUCGUGAAAGAAAUGCCAUGGCAAACUCUCCUAGUUCCUCAUCUUCAAGCCUUCCUCCCUCACUGACUGGCUCUCCACGAGAGAAACAACAUCGACUCUCAACUGCAAACCAGGGCUCAUUCCCCACAUUCAGACACAGCCAGACCUUGGCCCCUGGAUCCACAGAACAGAAAGAGAGUCAUCUGAAGUCCAGAGAAGCUCAAAAGGAAAGAAAUUUGGAGAGUCAGUAUCAUUUUCUGUCUGGGAUGAUGCAGGAACUGUAUCCAGGAGGACUAGAAGGGGGAUGGAGAGUUGAGACACCUCCUCCAAAAAUACCCAAAAUAUCCAGACGUAAGCCACUUGUUACAAGUCGUAUGAUGCCAGCUAAUGGAUAUCAGAGCAGCAUGAACUCUAGUGCUUCCCAAGAAUGUGGACCCCUAGACCUCUCUCGCCGCCCUGUGUCUAAUGUAGGUGCAGUGGAACAAGCUGAAGGAGCAGUAAGCAGCUCUGAUAGUCCAGCAAGGGGAACAAAAGGAGCUGGAGAUACUCUAAAUCAGUGUGUGUUUUGUCCAUUUCGAACCUCUUCUUCUGAGCUGAUGGCAAUGCAUCUUCAAGUCAACCACACCAGCAAGUCCCGCCGUAAAAAGGGGGGCCCCGUAACAAGUGACAACCACUCUUCCAGGCUGACCCUGUAUGGAAUGAACCAUGACCCAUUGGCACUGUGGAAGUUCCUCAGUGAAGGGGAUGAACUCAUGGCCAUGGAUGACUGGAUCAAAUACAGGUCAAGGUCUGAAAAUGGGGUCGGCUUGGAAGAUGGAAACCUAGAGAUGGAACCCACAAAACAAGGGCUUAAACUAGGAGAUGGCAAAGUGGAGAACACAGAUGACCAUGAAACAAAAGAAAUAGAGGAUGACCUGGAAAAAAACAGCAACUUUGAAGAUAGCUCUCAUCAACAGUGCAUGCGAAAGGAUCUAUCAGAUAUGAUGCAGGAGGAGUUGCUUGAGGAUGGGGAAAAGCUUGUGAAGAACUAAAGUGCCCCAGAGGAACACAGAGCUAGAAUCAAGGAUCUAUUGGCAAAAUUAGACACAGAAAAAUAAAAUGAGGCUGAUCAUGUUCUUUCCGACACAAGGACAUCAUGUCCUAGUUUCAUACAUAGUCCCAGACUUGCACACAGACAAAUGUAUAUCCAGUAUUCUAUGCUAGUCUUAGCCUUCAGGAGUCUCGAGGCCUUCUUGACUGCUGUUUCUUUAUAUUUUUUUCCUUAAUUUUUGUCAUUUAAGAUAAUUGCCAAGUUAUAAUUCUUUCUACUGUGAGACAUUCCCAUGUCAAAAGCUUCUGGAAAUGGUAAUCAUUAGAACAGGAAAAGGAAAAAAAGAGAAAAAAGAAACUUUAAACUGUAUCAUAAUGAGAUAUUUUUUGUACUAAUAUCUUGUGUUAAAUGAAGAAAAGCCUGGCUUAACUUAAAAGCCAGAUGUAGUCUACAAUGUCCAUUUGCAUUUUGUAUUUUGGCAACACUUGCACCAUUAACGAAAUGGAUGGCAUAAUUUCUUACCAUACAUUUUCCAGGCUGUAUGCACAGUAUUCUGUGAUGACUAAAUGGUACUGAUGAUGGCCAUUUUUAACAAUAACCAACAGAGCAAAUAAUAUUUUCUCCACAUAUCCUGUCUGCUAGGUCUGGCAGUCUUCUAUUGAACAAGAUUUCUUCUACUUCAUUCUGUCUCAGUGCCUGGUGCUGUAUUUAUUUUUCGGGGAAUCGUAUGACACAGGAAAUUAUAUUUCAUAUAUACAGUAUACUCCAAUUUAUGGUUAAGAACUCUAAAGGUAAGAUGGUUCUGGAACAUUGUGGCAGCAAUUUCUGUGACCUGUCUGUUGCGCCCAGAGGAAUCGAACAUUUGACUUGAAACAUGAGAACAGAUGGCCAGUUGACAGAGAACAAAUUGCAGUGUUUACAUCAGAAAUACCACUAUGAUUUUUUUUUUUGGAUGAAACUGGAUCAUGAUCACCGAGGAAACAUUAAGAAGUAUUGAGGCCUGGUUUUCAUAUAUGGAAUGAAAUGUUUCGACAACAUUGAGUUCAACUCCAAGAGACUGAGUCUCAACCAGUCGUUCCUACUUUUUCUUUUCUCUCUCAUCUGUAAAUCACCCAAGAGAGAGACGAGAAAGACAUGGGUCCCUAAGCAUCAGGGCAAAUCCAAGAGCAAAAUAAUAAUAAUAAUAAUAAUAAUAACAACAAUAAUAAUAAUAAUAACUAUGACAUCUUUAAGAUCAAUAGUUUUUUAAAGAAACAAUAAGAAACAUUAUGAAUAAAAUCACUAACACCUUCAUAGACAUCCCAAUAGAAAUGUGUAGCUUUUAUAAACAUAAAAAAGAGGGGAAAAUCUUUUUUAAAUGUUUAUUUUAUUUCAUUUUAUCUUAAGAAGAGUUCAUAAAAAUGAUAUCAAUAUCAGUAAUAAUAAUGGUUGUGG